AUGAAGAAAGGUGAAGGUGGAGCCUCAUUGACCGUUGAUGAUGUCAAACCUCUCGUUGACGCUGGUUUCAAAGGAAACUCUCUUGAUAACAUUGUAAAGGAUAUCAAGAGAAAAAAUGUAUAUUUUGCUUUUAAAUCUAUGACUCGCAGCAAAGACUUUUCUAAGGUUUCUGAAAGUACUUGCAAGACAGUGAUACAUUGGGUUAAUGAUGCCUUGAUGCCCAAACUUUUUGGACUAUGGAAUGCAGAACAAACAAAGGCUGCAUUAUGCGAAUCCGAAUCAAAAGGAGGAGCCGGAUUAACCACAGAACAAGCACAGCCUUUGUACGAUGCGAAAUUUGAUGGGAGAUCUCUUUCAAAGAUUGUCGAGGAUAUUAUUAAGAAGAGAAAUGAACAUUUUUCUAUUGAAAGAGAAAUUCAAUAUGCCACAAAUGUCAUAACAAGCAACAAGGACUUUGCUUUAGUACCAGAAUCCACUUGUAAAGCUGUUGCUGAAUGGAUUGUCGAGUUGAUAAGAGGUAAUUUCAUUACGAUAUCAUCCAAUUUGCUUGAUCGUUGGAAGCAUCGGUUGAAAGGCAAAAUAUCUGAACAAUUAAGAAAGGAAAGAACAAAUCCCAAAUAUGAUUACCUCCGUAAUUUACAUGAUCCAACCAACAUGGAAAAACUGGAAAAACUAAUUGGUACAAAUAUUCAACUCCCUAUCUUUCAAGAAUAUGGCGAUUUAGUUCCAAAAAACUUUGAUCCAACAGCUAAAUAUCUUUUGACUCGUCAGCGGUUUGAUAUACUGAAAAAGGUUGUUGCUGGUGCAGAAGGAUUUGUUUUCUCAGGUCCUCAUGGGGUUUCAAAAUCAUAUACAUUAUAUCUCAUUGCUGCCUAUGCCUUUGUGAAUUCAAUUCCAGUACUCUAUGUUCCAACUUGUGGUGCUUGGAUAGAUUUUUAUUCGAUUAAGGAGAAAUAUAGUGCCAACAAGUAUUUGCUUGGAUUGUUUUUAUCAUUGAAUAGUGACAUUCUUUCUGGGGACGUUAUUUCAAAAUUGGAGAAAUCAGGCGAUAUUGUUUCAUAUUUGAGCAAAUAUGUUGCAAAAGAUCAACGAGUGUUCUAUUUGUUUGACGAACAUAAUGAAUUGUUCAGACUUGACAACGAUGGCAAGAUUUUUGCUCUAGAACCUUAUUUCCGUAAAUUUACAAGAUGGACAGGCUCUACGAGAGGCACACAUACAAUGACCAUAUAUUGUGGAAGUGCUCAUAGUUCUUUUGAAGACCAUUUACCUGGAGGAGAGAGUUUAAAAAUAGUUAGAAUUGUUCCUCCAACUGAAAAAGAAUUUAAUACACUUGUUGAAGACUUUGGUUUAGAUCCAAAUGAGAAAAGAAUAGACUAUGUGACAGGAAGAAUUCCUAGAGAUUUGAGAAAAUUGGCCUCCUUUCUGCAAGGUAAAAGGCUGGAUGAGGAGGAAAAGAAACUCUUUCUCCAAACACUAGAAGGUCUUUUUACUCUAGGUCUCUAUAAGGGAAGACCCACUGAUGUUGGAGGUAUUGUUUACGAUCAGGGUUUAAUGUACAAAGAUCAUGAUGGAAAACUUUUUAUUGUGAAUGAGCCUGCCAAGCGAUGUUUGUUCCAAUAUUAUUGCAACAAUAUUCCAAGACAUAUCAUACCUAAAAAUAUCUCAGGAUCAGAAAAGGGUGCUUUGUUUGAACGGUAUUUGAUCGCCCAAGAAUACCAUAUUGGAAAUCAUUUUGCCAAAUUCUUUAUAACACACAUGAGCAAUUUGGAAUCACUUUCUGCAUCUCUAUCAUAUGAAAUUAAUACACACCAGAGCUUUAGUUUGAAAGGUAUAGAUAUUUUUAAUAAGAGAAAUUAUCCAAAAGGAACAGGAGUACUAUUCAUUCCAGAGUCUGAAAUUUUUCCCUGUUUUGAUUAUGCUAUUAUUAAGUAUGGUGAUGAAGUAGUAGAAAUAUUUUUAAAACAGACCACAUUUUCUACUGUUGACUUUAUUUAUUGCAAAGAUUCCAAAUGUUCAAAGACUGACCUUGAUAAUCUAUUAACCCAACAAUAUAUAAUUGAUGAAACAAAUAUAGCCAAAACCACGACAUUAGAGCUACCAAAGAAAUAUCUAUUUUUCUUGCUUGAAUUGAUUUUUCAUGCAAUUGUUGAUGAUGGAAAAGUUGAAAAGGUAAUGACAAAAAGAAAUGAUAAGGAUGUACAACUAUAUUUGAAACCUAAAAAACAUGAGUUACAGAUUGUCGAAGAUGGAAAUAUUUUAAAAUCAGUUACAUAUGGCGGUGUUCAAUUUACUUGGCACUAUAUUUACGAAUCAGGUACAACCUCCUCUGAACAAUCUGUGAAGAAAGUUAAAGAGCAUGGCAUUCUUUACAGAAAUAGAGAAGAAAUUGAAAAUCAAAUGAAGGUGUUUUUUGAUUGA